GAUUAUAAAACGUUUUUUCUUACCAUCAGCAAUAAUAUUCAAGCGAUGACAAAUUGGGUCAGUCUACUAAACCAUCCGCUUCUUAACGUGGUUGUCUUUCUUUCCAGUCGUCCAAUUGCUAAGUUUUUGGACCUGGAAAACCCAAGCUAUUUAAACACUUUACGAGGUAUUUACUUGGGUUCACAAUUGGUCAUCAUUGUUUUGUCGUUUUAUUUGAUGUCUGUCAUUAAGAAAAAGAAUGAUCGCACGUCCUUACGCUACGUUGAACCUGGAGGACAAAGCUGGGACGGUACUGAAACUGAAGAUACACUUGUUAAUACUACCAAUAUGGCUAAUUCUCAAAGCUAUCUGUUAGAUUACGAUAUUGAUCAAGUCAAAAAACAAAUGAAGCAAAGCUUUACUGGUGUACCCGUCAUUGCUUUUUUACAUUUAAAAUUCGGUUAUGUUCAGCCUCUUUUGAUUCAAAGUGUUAUGGCUUUCAAAACCUUUUUCAUGAGUAAGGAAUCACGUAUUCACUUUUUCGGUGGAAACACUUCACGUGGAGAGCUACGUCGUCCUUUCCGUAUCGAAGCCCCCUUCAACAUGGUUAGUGAAAAGAAGCAACCCAAGACAGAUAAAGGAUCCAUCAAACGCGCUGAAAAGGCAUUGAAAGCACAAUAA